AUGGCCUCCUUCGCAGAGAACCUCUGGAACUCAGUCUUCACCCCGGGCACAACACCAACCCUCCUAUACGCCACAAACGCCAGCUUCGCCGCCCUCCAGCUGACCCUCCUCGCCCUCCUCGCUGCCACCCGCUCCAUCCACUUCGUCAUCCUCUCCGUCCUCUGCGCCGGCCUCUGGCGCGCCAUCAACUGGUUCGCCGCCGAGCUGGCCAUCGCCCAGGCCCGCGAGGCCGCCGACAACGACAAGGCCGCCGCGGGCGGGGGCCGGGGCCCGGAGGAUCAGCCGAUACCCCGGGCGGCGCCGGCGGCAGCAGCAGCAGCAGCGACGACGACACCGAGGUCGGACACAGCCGUCGACCAGGCCGUGCGCACGCGCAAGACGGCCGGGCAGCGCGAGCAGGGAAGUCGGAGUUCGAGGGGUCUGCGGCUGGCGAGCUGA